AUGUGCGACCGCAGCCUCUGCCGGCCGGGCUACGUGGGCUCCCUCCUGAACCUGCCCUCCUCCUCCUCCGCCGACUCCUUCUACUUCCCCGGCCUGCGGGCCACCGGGAGUCACCAGCUGGCCGCCUCCUUGCCCGCCCUCUCCUACCCCCGGAGCUCCAUCGCCUGGACGCCACCGGCCAGUCUGCCCUGGUGCCCCACCCAAGGGAGGCCGUCGAGGAAAAAGCGCCGGCCCUACAGCAAGCAGCAGAUCGCCGCGCUGGAGAGCGAGUUCCUCCGCCACGAGUUCAUCAACCGGCAGAAGCGGAAGGAGCUCUCCCACCGGCUCCACCUGAGCGACCAGCAAGUGAAGAUCUGGUUCCAGAACCGGCGGAUGAAGAAGAAGCGGGCGGCGAUGCGAGAGCAAGCCCUCGCCCUCUACUAG